GACUUGGCAAAUUAGUCGCUCAAAUCACUCACAACAAUAUGAAGCUGCUCUCGAUCACCUUUCUGCUGGGCCUUUUGGCUUUGGCCAGUGCCACUCCUCUGAAUCCCGGCAAUGUUAUCAUCAAUGGGGACUGCAGAGUUUGCAAUGUUCGCGGCGAUUAAGAAAUGCAGCGGAAGGAAAAUUUGCUGAUUUGUGACGAAAUAUGAAAUAAAAUAAGUUUAAUGAAACUAUAAAAA